AAUGUGUUUUACACAAAGAACUAUACCUCAACAUAACUAGGAUGAACAUAUCAUUAUUACAUCAAUAAUCAACUUUGUGACAUCAUAAUAGGCAAUUAUCAUGGCAGUCCAAUCAAUUUGCACGAAUAUUUUAAGAGCUGGAAAACAUAAAAUAGCACAAGUUGCUGCUUCCAAGUUUUAUUCUACUAAACAACAGGAUCCUGGUUUUGGUUUACUGUUUGACAUUGAUGGUGUUUUAAUCCGCGGCAAAAAGCCGAUACCAGCUGCUCAAAAAGCGUUCAGGAAUCUUACACGACCUGAUGGAAAAUUCAAAGUCCCCACUGUGUUUGUAACUAAUGCCGGUAAUGCAUUGGCUAGAACCAAAGCUGAACAACUAUCCAAUGCUAUGGGAGUAGAGAUUACAUCUGAGCAAGUGAUGAUGUCACACAGCCCAUUAAGGAUGUUUCCGGAAUAUCACGACAAAUGUGUCUUGUUGUCUGGACAAGGACCUGUUGAUGACAUCGCAAAAAAGAUCGGCUUUACAAAUUAUGUCACAAUUGACCAAAUAAGAAACGCUUUUCCUAAUCUUGAUAUGGUAGACCAUCAACGAAGGCCUAAACUGUCCCCAUCUUCAAGGUCUGAUCCAUUCCCGAAAAUCGACGCCGUUAUUUUAUUCGGGGAACCAGUAAGGUGGGAAACCAAUCUUCAAAUCAUCAUCGACGUUUUAUUAACUCAUGGCAAACUCGAUGGGCCAGCCUUGGAUAAUGAUGAUGAACAACUACCAGUGUUGGCUUGCAACAUGGACCUCUUAUGGAUGUCUGACAGCCACAUGCCAAGAUUCGGGCACGGUACUUUCCUUCAUUGUCUUGAGAGCGUUUACGAAAAGUUGGUUGGACGACCCUUGACGUAUUCUGCUUUGAUGGGAAAACCUAGCGAGGUGACGUACAUAUACGCUGAACAACUUAUCAAGAGAAUAGCGGGGAAGAUGGGGUUCACUGCUCCAAUUAAGAAUCUAUAUGCCAUUGGCGACAAUCCGAUGGCAGAUAUUUACGGAGCAAAUCUUUUUAAUAAGCGACUUAAGCAAGAGCAAGAAGUGAAACAGAUAUCUAUUGAACAAAGUUCCGCGACCCCGGCGACGUCGCAGCAGCCGUGGCGUCAACUCCACGCCAAUAUACGGAAUAUAACGACAAGCGCCACUGAUCCAAACUCAAAUGUGAUUCCCCCCAAACCGUCUCCGUUCAUCCGCGAAGUCGAAUCGUGUCACUCCGUUCUUGUUUGUACAGGGGUUUACUCUCCAGAACCAGGGGGCAGUAAGUACCAGAUACCCCCUGUGUUCCAUGGACCACGAGAUAUGGAGUUUGACGUCAGUUUAUGCGUCCCAACUUUUAUCACACAUGAUGCUGAUGAGGCUGUAAAUAAAAUCACUGAACUCGAGAACUUUGACCUAGAAACCUAACAACUGUGGCUGUAUAUGUUACUGGAACGGAGCUAAAUAAUCAAUGUUGUUGAUAUAACUUUUUGUAAUUCACGCAUUUGUAAUUCAUUACGUCUCAUGCCCUGUAUCACAAAAUCCGUUACCUGUAUAUUUUCACAAUUAAUCAAUAUUCCAGUUUUAUUGGAAUUUUUUAAAAAAUGUUCACCUUGUAAAAAACAGUUCAUGUUGAAUGUUCGAGAAACCAUAAAUACGAAGGUUUUAAAAACUUGCAAUAUAUGUUCAGUAUCCUAACUGCCAUUCUAAUGUAUGCGCGGUGUGUUUUUAUGUUUUCUGUUCUCUGAUAGUUUUUAAUUCUUUCAAUAUUAAUAUAUACACAAUCUGCUUUUCUUGUAUUCAAAAUUAAAUUUGUUUAUUGCGUUCCUAGAAAAUUUAGAAUACUGCUUCUAUGAAGCUUAAAAUGUUUGCUUUUAUUUCUGGCAGUAUCUUUCUUCUUAUUGUGAUAGCAGUAGUUAUAAUACGUUGGUGGAUUAAAAUUUUAUCUUCUUUUA